GGCAAAGUUAGUCUCAAUCCAAACAGCCCCUGAAACCCAACCUCCGGCGCCCGGCGGCGUCGCGCAACCGCUCGGCAUGCCGCCGCCCGCCCCCGCCCCCGCCACGCUCGCCUCCCUCAGCGCGCUCGUCACCUCGCUCGCGCGCUCGGGCCGCCCCGCGGACGCGCUGCGCGCCUUCCGCGACAUGCUCGCGCGGGGUGUGCCGCCCGACCACUUCACCCUCCCACCUGUCCUCCGCUCCUGCGCGCUCACCGGCUCGUCGCCGCUCGCCGCCUCCGCCCACGCGCUGGCCCUCAAGAUCGGGGCCCAGGGUAACCUCUUCGUGGCGUCCGCGCUGGUGCUCUGCUACUCGGGCCUGUCCAACCUCCCCGACGCCCGGAGGCUGUUCGACGGAAUGCGCGAGCGAGACGCCGUCCUGUGGACCUCCAUGCUGUCCGCGUACGCUCAGGGCGGGCAUCCCGAGGCGGCGCUGCGGUUCUUCCAGGGGAUGGUGGCGGCCAGGGUGCAGCUUGACGCGGUGGUCAUGGUCAGCUCACUUCUCGCCUGCGGACAGAUUGGGUGGCGCCGCCACGGGAGGAGUGUUCACGCAUGCUGCAUUCGGAGGCUCCCUGGGAUGCCUCUGUCGCUUGGGAACGCGCUCGUGGACAUGUACGUUAAGUGCGGAGAAUUUGCGUUCGCCGAGAGGGUGUUCGCAGGGAUGCCCAGGCGGGAUGUUAUAUCCUGGAGUGCGCUUAUUCUUGGCCAUGGUCUGAAUGGGCGUUCUGAUGUUGCAUUGAGGCUUUUUGAUGAAAUGGCUGCUGAGGGAGUGAGACCGAACUCUGUCACUUUUCUUGGGGCACUGUCAGCUUGUGCGCAUUCUGGCAUGGUUGACAAAGCUUAUGCAAUAUUCGAGGGGAUGAAACGGCAUGGCGUGAAACCUGAGCUCAAACACUACUCUUGCAUGGCUGAUGCGCUAGGAAGGGAUGGCCGUGUUGUUGCUGCAGUUAAGCUCAUAGAGGAAAUGCCUUUCGAGCCUGAUGAGGCCAUGCUUGGAGGUGUAUUAGCAGCCUGCCGAGUGCAUGGGGAAAUGGAAGCUGCUGAACGAAUUUCAAAGAAGUUGAUGGGCAUGUCACCUUCAAAGAGUGGUUACUUCAUGAGCUUGGCAAACAUAUAUUCAGAUGCUGGGAGGUAUAGUGAUGCAGAGAGAAUAAGAGGCUUCAUGAAGGAAGUAAAAGUUGACAAGCUUCCUGGAUAUAGUUCAGUUGAAUUUGAUGUUAAUGUCUCUGAACCAAGAUCUGGAUGAUCAAUUUCAUAUAAUGGAUGCAGAUUUUGUAUUGCUUAGCAGUUAAGUGUGUCUGGUGAUAUACACUCAGUGCAAUAUAUAAUUUGAAGGUAAAUAUAGGUGCUUAAUGAAAGGAAGAGCAAAUGGGACAUGUUUGCAACUCAAAAUAUCAACAUCAUGACUUAAUGGAAGCCCUUUAUACAUGAAAGUACGUUUGAGCUACUGUGUUAGUGCUGACAUGAAAUAAGCCACUUCUCAAGCUGAUAAGGACAAUAGGUUGAUGAAAAAAGGAAAAUGAUGAUCACAUAUUAGAAACAUGCAGUACUCCUGCAUGUCACUAAGGAGUUAGGAGUAUGGAGAGAAACAGUCCACUAUGUGUGGCUCUUGUUUGUCAAGUUACCAGUGUGGGUGAAAGACUGAAACUUCUGAACAAGAUGGUCUCCAAUUUAAGUUGAGCUAUCUCAUGUACUCAUCAUCAUUGCCCUUAAGUGAGUAUACUCAUUGGGAAUGUAGAAAAUGGUAGAGUUUAUCCAUUAAUUCAGUUUUCUGCCCGUGGUCUGAUGGAAGGGAACUGGAGAUAGGAAAUAUUAGUUAUGGAUUCUAUUGACUGUUAGUUAUGGAUUUGGUCACUACUGGACACUGUGGUAGGUUAAAACUGUGCUGCUGUUCAAAGAGUUAUGUGAUUCUUAAAUACUACAAUUCUAUGAGACGACAACCUUUAGUUGCUCAAUUUUACAGUCCUUGAUCUGUGAAGAAUGAAGAGUACUCUUGUGCAAAUGGUUAGAUCUCUACAUGAUUAGCCAACAUCCAACAGGUACGUAAUUGAACUCGACUUGCAAACAUUUCAUUCAUCUAUUCAUGCCAGUGCUCUAUCCAUCAGUGUAAAUCAAGUGCCUUCCCGCAUCUUUGUUCUACUUGAUGGUAUAUAUGUUGAUUGCAGCACUAGUCUGUUAGUCAUGAUUUUACUGAGCAACUUCUCUUAAAAACCAGAAAGGCAGAACAAACAGAACACAAGGCUAACCAGACUAACAGAAUAUGUGCAUGAUGUUUAUACUAUUCUUUUCACCACAGGUAAAACACAAAACUGAAAAAGCCAAACGAUAUAUUUACAAACGAAAAUUAAUCUGUAAAUAAAAAUUUUAUAUACGUGUUCUUAACGAUCUAAAAUUAAAGGCUGAAAAAUAAACUUCGAUUGAAAAAAACCUCAAAAAUCAACUUCAAAUUUAAGGUUGAAAAUUUAAAUUUUGGCUGAUAAACAUAAGUAUAAGCGGAAAGACGAGGCUAGCAUGUUUGCACGUUGACCAUAUCUAAGGCUGAAAAAUAAACUUCGAUUGAAAAAAACCUCAAAAAUCAACUUCAAAUUUAAGGUUGAAAAUUUAAAUUUUGGCUGAUAAACAUAAGUAUAAGCGGAAAGACGAGGCUAGCAUGUUUGCACGUUGACCAUAUCUCACAGUUAGCGUCAUGACGUCGUCUUCCUUACCCUAUAACUAUGUAGGCAGCGUAUCCUAUGGAAACCAGACAUCCUGUGCAAACUUUGAAAACUCCAAUCAAGAUCUCUGGAUGGGCAUCCGAUGGAAAUUGCUGUAUAUACGAUAAACUUGUUACGAUCCAGUCAUGCAUAAUAAAUGAUUGGGCCAUGGAAACAUUGUGGACCCUAUAUUUGCUGCAUGCAUUAGAGGUUAGAAGGCAUCGUACACUAAUCGUACGAUGUUUAUCGUAUGUAUAGCAGAGCUCGGCAUCCGAUGGGUAGGGGUGGAAGUGGGACAAUUUUGCAAAUAACUGCCCGCAAUUAGCCUUGCUAUGUCCUUAACACAUGCAUGUCCAAAGAGAUGGAGUGAUCGAGUUCCAUUAAAGGCCUGUGGUUUAACACCGUGCCUUUCUACUUUUCCGAAGUGGUAUGCUUAACCUCAUUUUUUGCAGAUCAACCCCGAGAGAUUUGAUAAUUUAACACUCCUUUAAAUGGGUUUCGAUUAUUUGACAUCCUGGCCCACUUUUAUUCACUCGGAUGGUCCCACAUGUCAUCUUCACAAGUGUCAAUUAAAGCAAUUAGGCAACGAAAAAAAUGUCAAAUUAUCAAAUUUUUCCCGGUGCCCUGGACGCGUUGUCCGCGUCGCUUCGUUUCGACUCCGCCUCCCGCGAUUCAAGACGACGCCGUCGCCGCCCAAUGAAUCGCCAGACGCCGCCGGGGUCGCGGGCCUCACAUGAUGCCGCCGACGCCCGCCGCCCCUUCGUUUCUCGCUGCGUCGUCGUUCCUUCGCGAGUCGCCCGCGCCCGCCCGCCCGUGAGUUGGCGGCGCAGUCCUUCUCCGGCAACGGCCCCUGGCACCGUCGCGUGAGCGGUGGCGAUGGAGUGUAGCAAGGCCGGGACUGUGAACGGUGGUGAAGAGAAGGUGGCCAUUGGCCGAGUGGAGAUGCCGCGGGCGCCGAGCUGGACAGAGACGAUUGUGCAGAUAUUCAAAUAACUCAAAAUGGAAUGUGAUUAACUCAAAAUUGACCUGGCAAGUACAUGCAGCACAAUUGAUCUGAAAAUUAGGAGCAAUAAGCUGAAUGAUGUCACUAGUAAAAAAAAGUGUUUACAAGAAGCAUUCCAUGGCGGGCGCCGCACAAGAGUACAUUGCUCAAUUCAUCUUAAGAGUACAUUUAACAGCAGAAAACAAACAACAGCAGAGCUUCAGCUUCAUGGCCGUGAUGAGCUUCAGCAGACAAGCAAGAGGAGGAAGGAGGAGCACGAACAGCAGCUCAUCCCAGGUGGGCAGCACCAGGGGCCCCAUGGCCGUGAUGUUGGCCUUGAGCGCGUCCCUGUCGUAUUCCUGGAAAACGCACUGGUAGGCGGCGUCGACGCGCGCGCCGGAAUCCAUGGCGUCGCUGGACACGCGAGCAUACUCGAUCGCAGAGUCCAUGGCAUUGCCGGGCUCCAUCGCGUUCGCGGCGUCCGGCGAUUCACUGGGCGGUGUCGUCGUCGUCUUGAAUCACGGGAGGCGGAGUCGAAAGGAAGCGACGCGGAUGACGCGUCCUAGGGCGCCGAACAGGGUUACUGCGGGGGUUGAUUUGCAAAAAAGGAGAUUAGCAAGGCUAAUUGCGGGCGGUUAUUUACAAAAUUGUCCCACCUCCACCCCUAUCCAUCGGAUGCCCAUCCAGAGAUCUUGAUGGGAGUUUCCAAAGUUUGCACAGUAUGGUUGGUUUCCAUAGGAUAUGCUGCCAACCAUGUAAGUACCCGACUUAAGACAAGUAGUCUGUCUGCUUUUCUAAUUUCCUGUACAUAGCAUUAUUGAAGAAAAUACUAACACAGCUUACCUUGGGUUCCCAUCCAAUUCUCCUACAUAUUCCGCGAAAUUUCCAAUGGAGUUCUGAAAUAUUUUUCCCAGCCACAAAGUGUGUGGCCUGGUCAAGACAGUUUUCAAACGGAAAGGAAAGGAACAUGGCAGAUAGAAGAUCCCUUUCAUGUCUAUAUUCAUAAUUAGGUGGUAAGCACCUUUCACCUUCUGUAGAGUCCGAGAUUGGGAAUUUGGGAUGAAUCGAUUGAGGGAGUGCACUGCCACAAACAGACGUCCAUGCACUACUGCCACGAACAAGUUAUAGGAAAAUGACAUUUUGUGACACUGAGUAAAUUAUGUACUGUAGUGCAGGUUUUUUCCUCUUAUUAGUUUUUUUAUUCCCUUUAUUAGUUUGAAAAUCAUGGACAAUUUUCCCUCUUGCCUUUUAAUUGAAAAUCAUAAAUUAUGUUUUUUUAUCACAUAAACGACGUCGCCACAUUUUUUUC